GGACACUCCGGACCUCCAGUCGACUCGCAGCCGCGGGGCAGAGCACCUAAGACCAGAGAACACACCAGCCGCGCGGGAGAAAUACCAACGGGCCGGGGUGGGCGGGCACCCCCGUUCCUGAAGCGAGGCCCCGAAGGACCUGUGCGCCACCAGUCACGGAGAGGUGACCUGCCUGGCAGGGAAGAAGUGUGGGUGGGCUUCCAGCAGCUGAGAUCAGCUGCCUUUCACCUUCCACAUAGUACCACCGGCCCUCCCUGGCCCGCAGACCGGCGCGCAAACGUUUUGUGGUCCGAAAGUGAACCGGGGGGGACCCAUAUAGUAUGUGGUGGUCCGUGCGUCAGCCGCUUUUCCCAUACAAAGUGGGCCACC